CUUCAGUUCUUCUUAUUCCUUUUUUUCACUUCAUAGUCAAAAAAGAAAGUUAAAAUGGAAAACUAUAAUCAGAUGGAUGUUCCAACUUCUACUGCCUUUGAUAUUUUUUUCAAUGGUAUAAUACCAAUUCUUUAUUCAACAUCUUUCGAACCACUUUUAAGCCCAACAUUAAAAUCUAAAAUCGAAGAUCUCGUUAUCCUUUUUGUGGAGCCUCUUAUACCACUUUUCUAUGCGUUCAAUAAGAUAACUUACAAUCAAUUUACCAAAAAAUACUUUAUAUUUACUUGUAUUUAUUGUAUUUUCUUAUCUAUUACUUUCAUUUCACAUUAUCUUAUCUUCAUAUGGUUUAAAAAAACAAACCGAUAUUUCAAAUACAAAUCAUUGACACAUUGUAUAAUAACCUUAUACCUUGCUACCUUAGAAACUAGUACUCGUUUUCUUCCCGUAAUUUGUUUGGAAAAUAUUGGAGAAUUGAGAAAUAUUGCAUUCAAAGCACCUAAUGCGAUGGUUGUAUUUGGAAUUAUACUCGCCUUCCUCAUAUUGGUAUUAAUAUUACCUCAUAUCUUGUAUGCUAAUAGAGAUGAGUUUCCAGUUUUUGGUAAUAUUAUAUUUGCACUACAUAUAUUUAGUUCAUGUUUUUCAAGUAUUGUUUAUUUGGUAAUAAUACCUUCAAAUGUAAUUUAUGUUAAGAUCGCAUUUAACAUCAAUUUGUUAUUGAUCAUGAGAUUUUUUUCUAUAUUGGAAGAUAAACCUAGUAACAAAAAAAGGGGCUGGGGUUGUGUUGUUCUUUUCGCUUUUGAUGAUACUGAGGGUAUAGAGAAGGAAUUAAAGAAAGAGGACAGGGGUCAAUAUUGGUACACGCCAUAUUUAUCCCGUCCUAUAAUUAAACCAAUAACUAAAAUAAUUAAUGAGAUUACAAAAAAAAAUGAUAAAGAAAUUGAAUAUGAUGAAGAUAAAUCAAUUUGUAAUAAAGCAAAUAUCUUAUAUUAUUAUAAAUAUGGAAAAAUCCUUGAAGAGAGAAGGAUUUAUCAGAGUACAGGUACGACACCUCAUGAAUUUGUUCUUGAAAGAUAUAUACCUGGUAAUAAUUUACAUAAUGAAAUUAAAAAGGCAAACAAGGUUUAUACGCUUUUUGAUGGAAUUGGUAUAGAAAAGAUAGAUUAUAUUGAAAGUUUUUCUGCUGAAGAUAUUGCAAGAUUAGAAUAUAAAGAAAUUAAUGAGAUCAUUAAUAGAAUAAAUAAAAUACCUUAUCCCUAA